CUUAGUCCUACUCGGUUGUUUGAUGAAAAUGGACAAGAAAUAAAAAAUCCACUAUCUCUUGAAAAUGGUCAGAAGGUUUGGGUAUCUUACGGAGAGGACUACAGGAGCAUCAGCAAACCAUUUCUCUGUGUGAAGUUUGACUGGGUACGAGGAGUUAUGGACCAGGAUCAGAAGGUGGUUUAUAAAACUCCUUUGGAAUAUGAUGGUCCCUUAACUGGUUUGGAAAAGUGUGAGGCUUGGGAAGUGUGCACAGGGUUCCCAGAAAAGUAUAAUUGGACACAAAUGAAUCAACCCUGUCAUGAAAAAGUGGAUAUGAUAGAUAAGCAUCACUUUCUUCAAUUGAAGAAUGAUCCCCAACUGGUCCUAUAUCCUUCGAUUACCAUUGAAAACAGGAGUGAGAAAACUGCUUCUAUUAAAGAGGAGCAAAAGAAAUCCAAGAUGUCAAUGGGAGCGUCAACAUGGUUUUCCUCUCACAUAUGGGUUAUUGCAAAGGCUGGAAUGAUCUUGUGCCGUGCUUACCCACAGCUUUGCCUUGCUGUAAGUGAUCAACAAAUCAGACUGAAGAAUGAGGACAAUGUGGAUUUGGAAGGAUACAAGUUAGUCGUGCAGAGAAGGAUAAAACAGAGUCCACAUCAACACUGGAUGUUCAACACAGUUGGUAACAUUUGCUCAAUGGCUUACCCUGAAAUGGUGCUCACAUAUCUGGGGGAACUGAAAUUGAGGACAGAAGAGGAGCACACAGUGCACCAGGUCUCUGCAAAUAGUCCCAAGAAGGGCGGACACAAACAAGUUAGCAGGGCCUCAGAAGUCCAAUUAAUAUCUGGAGGAUCCCUUGAGGUUGAUACACAGCUGACUGUGGCACUGUUACAAAAACUGGAAGAGAAACACCCCUGGACUCCGGCCCAGAGAUGGGCCAUCAAACAGGAAGGAAUUGCAAAACCGGGUCAAUGGAAGAACUCAAAACAGGAGAACCCCCUGUGGAACAAGCUAACCUACAUGUGGCCUGUGUUGCCAGAUGGUGAAUUGAAUGAGGAAUAUGAUUGGCCAAUUGAAGGGUCCCUUCUUCCCAAUGCUCCAGCACUAAAAAAACCAGGACAGAAAAGUCAAGGCACAUACGCACCUGUGAGAUUAAAGGUUCUGAAGAAUGGAGAGCAAGACAAGUCCAAGGUACUAACAGUCACAGGACCGGAUAUCACAAGCAUGCUCAAGAAAAUCUGUAAUUCUGCAAAGAAUAAGAUUCAGCGGAGAGGGAACCAUGAAUUACAGAUGAGAAAAGAUACACAAGAGGACAAUUCAAUUAAAGCCCACCAGCUUGAACUUAAGCAGUUCCUAGAGAGGUGUACCUCAGUGCUGGGACUGCCUUUUGCAGCCCGCAGACUGUUUGAUGAAACUGGACGGGAGCAGAGCCUUCUGACAGAUCUCCAGAGGGAUCAGUUGGUGUAUGUGUCCUGUGGAGAGGCUUGGAUAGAUCCAAAAGUAAUCUCUGUGGAGCAGAAGAAGCGUCUCUGCCUUAAGAGUUUGACAUCUGAUGUUGCUUUGAUCCGCAGUUAUUGCGCCACAUGUAAUCCAGAAGGUUUGGUCCUUGAGGUUGUGGGUAAUCUUGUUGCUGGAGCCAAGUUGGCAUUAGCUGAAUGUGCUGUGCCCAUUGAUUGUGAAGACGUCUCUUUAGAAUCAGAUAAGCAAGACCAAACUUGCUCUAUAACAAGUGAUGACAAUCAUACCAAGGACGAAAACCUCUUAAAUGAUUUACUAGAUGCACAUGCCAGGACACAUCUUAUCCUUGAUGCUCAGCAGCCCAAAGGACUUUAUCCAUGGGAAAGGAAUUCAAAGGCAUUUGAUGAUGGUGAAGUCUCCCAGCAAGAAGAUGGGAGGUCAUUUACAAACAUUGAUCUGUACAAUAAAUACAGGCCCCGCACAAAAUCUCUUAAACCACAAAAAGUACAACAGCAGCAGUUUCAGUUCCAAGAUGGAUACAUCAUCAACUGCAGCUGUCCCUGGCUUGUUGUGGGAGUUCCUGAGAUAAAUGCACAUCCAGGCUUGGAAGUGACACUGGUUGAAAAGAAAGCUGAUGACAUCUUUCAGCGAUGGAACUUAAAAGAUGGAAGCAGCAGGACCUUCCAUCUAGUGGGGAAUCCUGAUCUGGUGCUUGCAGUCUCAAUGCCCCAAAUUAGCUCCGGUGAUGGCCAGAGUGUAUUGGAAUUUCAGGGAUGUCCAGUUAUCCUUCAGAAUCACAAGGUAUACAGUAAUGGGGUGGCCAAUCAGAAAUGGUUCUGGGUGCCCGAGAUGAAAAUAUUGAGUGCUUUUUCUACCUCUGUAUUGGACAAUGAAGUUACAGCAGCAAACCAUGCCAAUGUCUGCACCUUCUGCAUCUGUGGAACCCAGGAAGUGGAUCAACCUGGUUAUUACUUUACUCAUCCCAGAACAAAGCAGAGAACGGUGGUUUGUUUGGCUUGUUCCAGGGCACUGAGGGGACAGAAUGUCAUGACAAAGUUGCAACCGGGUGUUUCAUUCAUCUGUGCCACAGGCUGCAGAAAGAGCCAAGUGGAGGAAACAGGACCUUUCAAGUGCAUCAAAGUUACGAAGGUUGACCUUUCUACUUCUGCAGCCAAAAAUAGUUUGGCUCACUUGGAAGCAAAACUAAAUUCUUUGCGGGUGGAGACAUCAGUACAAACUAUCUCAUGGGACAUCUCUGCUGCCAAGACCCAACCAGCAGUGAGAAUCUUGGCCUAUCGGAAUGGCGCUGGAUAUAAGGAUGGUGAAUUGAUUAUUGGAACAACGUUUUCCUCGUUGCUUGCCAUGUGCACUCAAAGGCUAGAGCUGACCAGACCUGCACGAAGACUGUAUACAGCUGAUGGAAGCCUGAUCUUGACUGUCAGUGAACUGAUAGCGGCAUCAGCCAAUGACACUUCACAGGAGCAAGAGCUGGAAAUAAGACAAGCUGAAGGAGACAAAGACUGGACGUUGACUCCUGGUGAUAACUACUUGGUGACCCGUGAGGAGUUGAAAAUCAACCCAAGUUUCAGGAACCCUAUUGAGGUCUGGGUGUCCUCUGGUGAGCCAUUUGUGCCUCUGAGUGAAUCGAACAAAAGACUGAGGCUGCAGCAAAAACAUUGGCUGCAGAAAGAGAAGGUUCUCUCUGAUCUUGAUAAAAUGAAGCACAAAAUGCGUCACCUUCAAGGGAGGCGAAUGGGAUCCAUGGACCCUGCCAACAUGGUUCCAACGAAGUGUCCGGUUCAGCCUGUGGUAGUGGAAGGUGGAUGGACAGAACCUUCCCCAGAGGAGGUGAAGCUCAUGGAGGAUGUACAAAACAUGGAGAUGCAUUUAUCAGAAGUCCAAAAUGUGCUAAUGAAAGAACGCCCGUCAGUUCUCAGCAAGUUGGUCUCCAGUCAAAGGCUUCUGUACAGUCAACCAAACGUUAAGAGAGUUCUGGCAUAUCUGAAUGGUGAUUGCCCAGAUCAAGGAGUAUAUGCCUGGGGCAAGACUAUUCCAGAGCUUCUGGAGAACUGCACAACUCAACUUAAGCUGCGGUCUGCAGCCAAGCUUCUCUUCAGCCCUGACGGAGAGCAGAUCACCUCGUGGGAAAGGCUAGAACGAGACAUGUUGGUGUGCGUCUCUCUGGGGGAGCCGUUCAUGACCAGCACAGCGAGCCGCCAGAGGGUGGAGAUCAGAGCCAAUUACGCAAGAGUGCAAAAACAAUACGGGCAAGAUGCCACCAACAUUGUUGUUAGAUCAAGAAGAAACCUCAAAGUUCAGGCUGAGGCUCCCAGCCCAUUUCUGGCCAUUCUCCCAGGCAGAGAUAUUAAUGAAUGAAUGAGACAGUGAGGAUUUUGGGGUCAACCUGAUAGAAAUCUGAAAACCCAGAAGUUCCUGAUGAGGAAAUGGAUUUGCCAAAUUGCAGUGGAUUCUUGUCAUCAACCUUUUCAAUUUCCCUGUAACAGAUCAUCUUCAAAGUGUUACCACAAGAGAAUGAAACACUCCAGACAACCAUUGACUGAUGAACUGUUUUUGGGAAUGAACCAAUUCAAAAGGAAUAUCUGCUGCCCAUCUUGAUGCCUGGUUUAAUGAAUAUCUGGAUUGUGGAACAAAGACUGGUUGGGUGAGACGUGAACUAAAAGGUGUAAGA